AUGUCACAAACAGAAUUUAUAGAACUACACGAAUCCUCUUAAGUUUAAAAUAAACUCAAACCAAUUUUAAAACAUAAUCGAAACACCUAUUUAACUCCAUAAACAAGAACAGAUGUAGCUGGUAAUCAAAUUAUUAAAGGGGGUAAUCACAAGAUUUCCUUCUUACCGAUCUCGAAUGAACAAUCUCCCAAUGUAGUGACUUCCAGCAAUAUUCGAAUUUAUAGUGAGUCUUCUGAAUCUGAUUAAGAAAUAAAUGAAAGUAACUCUACUUUACAUAAGAAACCAUUUCUAAAUUUAAAAGGAAAAAACUGUCAAAAUACCUAAACACUUAUUGUAAAUGAAUCAAGAUGUUGUAUAAUAUUUUGA